AUGCAGCUCAAACCCAUGGAGAUCAACCCCGAGAUGCUGAACAAAGUGCUGGCCCGGCUGGGGGUGGCCGGCCAGUGGCGCUUUGUGGACGUGCUGGGGCUGGAGGAGGACGCGCUGCGCUCGGUGCCCGCGCCCGCCUGCGCGCUGCUGCUGCUCUUCCCGCUCACCAACCAGCAUGAGAACUUCAGGAAAAAACAGAUCGAAGAACUGAAGGGACAAGAUGUCAGCCCUAAGGUGUACUUCAUGAGGCAGACCAUUGGGAACUCCUGUGGCACCAUCGGACUCAUACACGCCGUGGCCAACAAUCAAGACAAACUGGAAUUUGAGGAUGGGUCGGUCCUGAAACAGUUUCUUUCUGAAACGGAGAAGUUGUCCCCCGAAGACAGAGCAAAAUGCUUUGAAAAGAAUGAGGCCAUUCAGACAGCCCAUGACGCUGUGGCCCAGGAAGGCCAGUGUCGGGUAGAUGACAAAGUGAACUUUCACUUUAUUCUCUUCAACAACGUGGAUGGCCACCUCUAUGAACUUGAUGGACGCAUGCCUUUCCCGGUGAACCAUGGCACCAGCGCAGAGGACUCGCUGCUGCAGGAUGCUGCCAAGGUCUGCAGAGAAUUCACCGAGCGUGAGCAGGGGGAAGUCCGCUUCUCUGCCGUGGCCCUGUGCAAGGCAGCCUGA